AUGAAGUGCCCCGAAGUCAAUCUGCUGGACCAUCUCCGUACGAAAACACAGGUGGACCUGGAUACUUUUGACAUUGAUGCGGCGAGAGAACUGGGAGGGUGCAUCGACUGCACCUCCAAUCAGUAUGAAUACUAUACGGAACUAGCGAAGAGUAGCAGGAAGGAACUCCUUGGCCGGUCUAUUAAGCUUGCUGCGAGCAUUCAUGGACAAUUCCCCUCGGUGACUUUUACUGAGCUUGCAGUCGAAAUUGCAGCCAUCUACCUGGCAAUGGAACUCGUGCCGAUGGUAGAUGGUGCCAUGCAUGUAAUGGCCAACCCACGCUACUCAUACUCGAAGCAACGGAUCAUCGAAACGGGAAAACGCCUCCAUCACUUGUGCAAGGUGAUCGAGCCGUCUUUUAACACAUCUCACCUGGUCAUGAAGGUCCCGGCCACCUGGGAAGGUCUGCAAGCCUGUCGGGAACUGAGAUAUAGUAACAUCAAGGUUCUUGGAACAACUCUCUUCACCAUGGAGCAAGCAGUACUGGCAGGCGAGGUUGGCUGUGUAUCUAUCUCCCCGUUUGUGCACGAGCUUAAGGCGCUUUUUGAUGAACACUACGAAGACUCGAACCCACUACUCGACAUUUGCGUGCAAGCGCAGCAGUGGUAUACCCAGCAGUCGCUCCCAACCAAGGUCAAAGCGUGCGCAACUGUUGGAGUGGAUGAGCUUUUGCAAUUGGCAGGGGUUGAUGCUCUCACCAUCGUGCCCGAUGAUUUACGAGCUUUGAAAUCAAUCAACAGAUCAGAGAUAGAGGUGAAUGAGCUGUCACUGUUUGGGGCCGCGUUGAGUUUCCAAGAGAAACUGGCAUAUCCUUCGUACAAAGAUGACGAAGCCAAAUAUCGCUUGGAUUUCGAUCAUGUUGACGAUGGCAAGGCGCAGUUCAAGCUCUCUCAGGCAAUCACUAUUUUCUGUGAUUACCAGAAUAAGGCUGAGUGUCUGGUGAAAGCUGCCCUGACCGAGGACGCAUGA